AGCAUCGUCCGUGACAUCACGCCGCGCCUCAUCGGGGAGCGCCCCAACACCUACACCUACACCAAAGCCCUGGCAGAGUGCGUGGUCCAGAGGGAGAGCAGCAAGCUCAGCAUCGGCAUCAUCAGACCCUCCAUAGUGGGAGCCAGCUGGCAGGAGCCUUUCCCUGGUUGGAUCGACAACUUCAAUGGACCAAGCGGAGUCUUCAUCGCUGCGGGGAAGGGCAUCCUGCGCACCAUGAGAGCCAACAAUGAUGCGGUGGCGGACCUCAUCCCCGUGGACGUGGUCAUCAACCUGACCCUGGCCGCUGGCUGGUACACGGCAGUGCACAGACCCAAAACAGCGUUGGUUUACAACUGCACAACGGGCGGCACAAACCCUUUCCACUGGGGAGAGAUCGAGCACCAUGUGAUGUCCAGCUUCAAGAGGAACCCUCUGGAGCAGGCUUUCAGAAGGCCCAACGCCAACAUCACCUCCAACUACCUGAUGAACCAGUAUUGGAUCCUGGUCAGCCACAAGUUCCCUGCCCUCAUCUACGACCUCUACCUGAGACUGUCCGGACAGAAACCCCAGAUGAUGCGUAUCUUCAACCGGCUGCACAAGGCCAUCGGYCUGCUGGAGUACUUCAGCAGUCAGGACUGGGAGUGGAACUCCGAGAACAUGAGCAUGCUGAUGAGCCACCUCAGCCCUGAGGACAGGAAGCUAAGUAGCUCCAGACAUGGAGAAGCGCUACCAGUGAGACAGCGCCAGUACAUCAACGAGAACGGGAGAGGUGAGGACGCUAGGGCAGAACAACUCCGCGAGCAGCCCAUGCCUCACAACACCCCACUCUUCUCAAACCAGACUCUUCACCCCUCAGACUCCGAGCACACCACCCCACCACCUCUUUACACCCAGACCUCACCCCGCCUCUCAGAUACCUCCUACGCACGCACAUCACACCCACUCUUUGAACCAGACACCCUCAUGACCUCCAGCAUGCACACAACCCCACUCUUUAACGACUAA